UGUCUGUUUCCAGACGAGACCAAAUAACGUUGCACCGGGUGUAACCAACGAGCUAACAUUAGGCUAGUUAGAAGUAGCUAGCUAGCUUUAGAUUCUUGUCGGCGUACGCAGCUGUAGAAUGAACAUUAUACACACAAUUAUUGAGGGAUACCAAUGAAAGUCGUUAGUGUCACUUUAUUUCACAAUCAUACGACUGUUGUCGUCGACGUCUUCGGUUUAACGUUAGUGUUUUUCAUCAUUAGCAGUCAGUUAGCUACUUAGCCUCUUCAGCUAGCUAGGUAUAGUAGCGUAUGGGUGUCAAAGUUAACCGUGACUUCACCGGGUGUCUGGUUGUCUGAUCUCACAUUUCGGACACGUCAAGGUUCCUCAAAUCUGUCUCUUGAUUUUGGGGGUGUGAUGUCGGAGCCCAAGACCCCCACUCCCACUCCUGCUGGCGACACAUACAAAGGAUGGGUCUUCAAGUGGACAAAUUACAUCAAGGGUUAUCAGCGGAGGUGGUUUGUCCUGAGCAACGGGCUGUUGUCAUACUACAGGACCCAGGCAGAGAUGGGCCACACAUGUCGCGGCACAAUUAACUUGGCCACAGCAACUAUCACUGUGGAUGACGCCUGCAACUUUGUCAUCUCCAACGGGGGGGCGCAGACGUACCACCUGAAGGCCAGCUGUGAGGUUGAACGUCAGCGCUGGAUCACUGCCCUAGAACUGGCCAAAGCCAAGGCGGCCCGCAUGCAGACUGAGUCAGAUGACUCAGGGGAUGACUUUUCCUCAUCAUCGCCACCGGCGGCACCUGGACAUGGUGGCGGGUCACAGAAUUCAGAAGUCCAGUCUGCUCUCAGAACACUAAGCAGCAAAGUGGAGGAUCUCAGCACGUGCAACGACCUAAUCUCAAAGCAUGGCUCUGCCCUCCAGAGGUCUUUAUCAGAACUGGACAGUUUGCGUCUGACUGGAGAGGCUGGAGAUAAGAUUCGUCAGGUGACAGAGAGGGCCACACUGUUCCGCAUCACCUCUAAUGCCAUGAUUAAUGCGUGCCGAGACUUCCUUGCACUGGCUCAGGCUCACAGCAAGCGAUGGCAGAAGGCCCUUCAAGCAGAACGAGACCAGCGGGUGAGGCUGGAGGAGACUUUAGAGCAACUGGCCAAGCAGCACAACCACCUGGAGAGAGCGUUCAGAGGCGCUGCACAGGCUAAUGCUACUGCUGACAAUAAAAAUGCUGCUGGGCCAGGAAAAGGUGAGGCCAGCGACGAGGACGACGACAACGAAUUCUUUGACGCCAUGGAAGAGGCUCCUGAGUUCAUCACUGUACCUGCAGACCCCCAGUUCCACAAAAGGUCAAGCAGUAGUAUCAGCGGUUUCAACAGUGAAAUGUGUCCUGAUGAUCAAUCGCUUAAUGAGGAGCCACUAGCGAUGAACCAGGACUCUCCCUCUCUGGAGUUAGUGCCGUUGAAGAAGAGGCGAACACGCAUUUCAGAUAAACCCAACUACUCCCUCAACCUGUGGAGUAUCAUGAAGAACUGUAUUGGUAAAGAGCUGUCCAAGAUCCCGAUGCCUGUGAACUUCAACGAGCCCAUUUCCAUGCUGCAGCGGUUGUCGGAGGACCUCGAGUACCAUGAGCUGCUGGAUAAGGCCGGCAAGUGCCAGAGUUCGCUGGAGCAAAUGUGCUACGUGGCCGCCUUCUCCGUGUCCUCCUACUCGACCACCGUCCACCGCACGGGCAAGCCCUUCAACCCUCUGCUGGGAGAGACGUAUGAGCUGGACCGCCGGAGAGAGAGCGGCUACCGCUCCCUCUGUGAGCAGGUGAGUCACCACCCCCCUGCAGCAGCGCAUCAUGUGAUCUCUGAUCGUGGCUGGACCCUGAGGCAGGAAAUCACUGUUGCCAGCAAGUUCAGGGGCAAAUACCUCUCCAUUAUGCCUUUAGGCACAAUACAUGCAAUCUUUGAAAAGGGCAACAAUCACUACACAUGGAAGAAAGUUACCACCACAGUGCACAACAUCAUUGUAGGAAAACUAUGGAUCGAUCAGUCAGGAGAGAUAGAUGUAGUGAACCACACCACCGGAGACCGCUGCCACUUGAAGUUUGCUCCUUACAGCUACUUCUCCAGAGAUGUGGCCAGGAAGGUGACAGGUGUGGUGAUGGACAAGGAUGGCAAGGCCCACUACGUGCUGUCGGGCACAUGGGAUGAGAAGAUGGAGUUUUCCCGGGUGAUGCAGAGCAGCCGAGGGGGAGAGAAUGGCACAGAGGGUAAACAGAAGACGGUCUAUCAAACCCUCAAAGCCAGAGAGGUGUGGAGAAGGAACCCUUUACCUGAGGGAGCAGACACCAUGUACUACUUCACUGCCCUGGCGCUGACCCUAAACGAGCCCGAGGAGGGCGUGGCACCCACCGACAGCCGGCGUCGGCCGGACCAGCGCUUGAUGGAGGACGGUCGCUGGGACGAGGCCAACACAGAGAAGCAGCGGCUGGAGGAGAAGCAGCGCAGCGUCCGGCGGGAGAGAGAGAGGGAAGCUGCCAGUCAACGCACCUCCAGCCAGUCAGAAGAAGCUGUCGAUGAGGACUCUCUUACUGAUCCCUCCUUAAAAAACGCACCUCAUGAGAACUACCAGGCCCUUUGGUUUGAGCGCUGUGAGGACCGGAUCACAGGUGAGCAAGUCCAUAUCUAUAAGGGAGGCUACUGGGAAGCAAAGGAUCGUGGCAGCUGGGAGGGCUGUCCGGACAUAUUUUGACCUUGGCAUUGACUGCAAAGUUCCCUGAAGAGACUGAUCCAUCGAAGCCGCCUGGUGGACAGCUACCGCAAAGGCCAGCUUGUCCCCCCUCUUGGACGGCUGCCUCCCUCCAGUGGCUCUCUGUUCUAAGAGAUUUCCAGGACGGUCACUGCUGUCUGAUCCAGAGGGGGAGCAGGGUUUUUCCUCCUCCUGAAAUGAAAAUUUGAUGCUGCUUUGACUCAGGGUCAGGCUGAGCAUAAGGGUGAGGAAAUGGAAUGGGCAGUGCUUCCAAAUCUACAGUAGAUCAUUCUUUGUGUCUCUCUGCUCAAGUCUGUUCAGUCUCUCAGAUCAGGAGCAGAAGAGGUUUUGUGCUGGUAACACCCUGUGAGAUAAUGUAGUGUUGCUAUUGUCAUCCACAGCAUUGUGUGCUUUGGUAAUAACUAAAAAAAGGGGGUAAGACAUGGUUAAUAUAUACAUUUAUAUGUAAAUGUGAUUAAAAUAAUUUCAUUAAAAUGUUGACUGGUGGCCUUCAAGAUGUUAGCGAGGAUUUCUUGUUUGUCUCUGAUUUAGUGUCUUAAUGUAAUGAAGUGAAGGUUCUAGCGUGCUUGUGUGUAUGAAUGUAUAUCUGCUCUUCCAUCACAUUACAACACUGCCACUGUGCAGUAUACUGUGUUUAAAAAAGAAAAUGAUUGUCAGAAAUACUGGUUAUGUUUUAUAGUUAGAAGAACUAUACUGUUAUGUUUUAUAGUUAGAAGAAGUCCUUUACAGGCCUGAAGGAAAUUCAUUUUGAUGUGGCUACAAGUCCUAAACACCCUUUCUCUUCACCUUAGAAAUGAGCAACCUGCUCUCACUUGUAUUUAGAUCACACCUGAGUGGAUAUGAUGUGGACAUUUCAGAAAAUCUCGAUUAGAGCAGUUUUAUUCAAUAACUAUUAAUGAUUAAUAACCCCUUUUCACAGGAUUGGACUAACGUUUAGCAAUUUUGCAGAUAAAAGUGAAUGGUAACUAAGUUACAUAGCAGUAGAAAUGGUUUUAAAAAAGUGUGGGAUACUUAGUGUGAUUUUUGUGUUGAAAGGAACACAGACAAAUAAGCAAAGAAAACAAUAAAAAGUAAAUGCAGUGGUGAAAAUAUACGUCACACCCUCAUGUAUCUGCUGAGGUGUUUACAUAUGCAAGUACAUUUAGACACCAAAAACAUGGGAUAUAGAGUGUGUGUGUGUGUGUGUGGGUGUGUGUGUGAAUUUCAUAAUUUUGUUUGUAAGUGUACUUAAAAAUGAAGAAUAAAGAAACCAAGAAGCAUUGAAAAUAACUAUGAUUUUAUAAAUGUAUAGAAAUUCAUAUAGUAUUGAUAACUGUAAGGUAGUUUUCUUGUAUUUUUGGUUCCUCUCAUAUUAUUGUACGACUUUCUAAGAGGACUUUCUUCAUUUUCAGAAAAAAAAGGGAGUUUCCGUACUAACUGAGAGGGGAGACAUGACAUUGUUCAGAAUUUUGUAUUAACAAAGAAAAAUAAUCUGUAAUAAACAAAUGCUGUGAUGUCAAACAAAUAACUUUUGAUACUGUUCUUUAAUUUCAUUUGUUCCAACAUUUCUAUUACUUAUUAAUUAGGUAAUACUAUUAAAGAUUUGCCAAAUCAAUUUCUGUUCUCAUGUUCAGUAGGAGCUAUGGAUGGGACGACACAGUAUGUUGUCAAUAAAAUUAUAAAAACCAAUGAAAACAUGCA